AUGACGCUCCUAAGUCUCCAGUUAAUCGCCGCUGAUGGUCGUGCCUCUAAGACCUCCGGUGGAGACGUGACUCGUGAAUCAAAUGACUCCGUACCGACGAAGAAUUCUGAUCUUGCCUCCGAGGGUGAGGCAGCUAAUGCUUCCGAGAAUAAACGACCUAAUAUGACGAACCUAGAUGGGGCUGCGGAAGACAGGCAAGCCCCGGCAGAACCAAGCAGUCAGGAGAUCGCUUCGACAACGACGGCCGAAACGCCUCAGUCCUCACCUCAGGAAGCGGUGUUGGCUCAGUUCAAGCGUUUCGACCAUUUUAACCUUCCUGAUAUUGGCUUAGUGAACUCUCCCAAGUUGUUGGAGAAGCUACUGAAACGGCAGUUGGAGAAUGCCCUGGAGGUGGAACAUCAGCGUCAUCUCAUGUGUCCUGAGAGUCAGAUUCAGACGGAUUUUAUUAUUUUCUAA